AUGGUUAUAACUGAAACAACACCAGGUCUUAAUACAACUUUGUUGACGUCCUCGACAACUAUCUCGACAGCUUGUACGUUUGGUGCUUCGCAGAACUAUGCAAGUGGUACUUCUCUUCUUGAUCUGGGCACACCAGUUUUUACGAUAUCAAGCGAUUUUAAUGGUGACUCUUAUAGCGAUAUUGCUGUGGCAAAUGUUGCGGGAUCCUUUGCUAUUCUACUGAAUGACCAGACUGGAGGAUUUCCAUCGUACGGGAUGAAAUAUUCGACUGGUUCAACGCUAGUAUCAAAACCAAAUUCGCUUACGGCAGAAGACUUUGACAAGGAUGGUGAUAUGGAUAUAGCCAUUGCAGAUCUACUCAGUCAAAAAGUGUCACUUUUCAAAAAUGGCGGAAGUGGGACAUUUACAGCUUAUCCAACCUCGCCAGCUUAUACAACUGCAAUUGGAACAACGUCGAUCGUUGCUGCCUUGUUAAACAGUGAUAGUUAUCCUGAUUUGGCAGUUAUCAAUCCCGUUGGUGUCGCCUUUACCACCGGUACUGUUGGUGUUUUCAUUAACAAAGCCGAUGGGACUGGGGCAUUCAAUCAACAAGUGGAAUAUCAAGUUGGCACUUUACCCUACGCGGUAAUUGCAGCUGAUAUAAAUAACGACCAGAAACUCGAUUUGAUCGUGACAAAUGUGAACGUACUUACGGGUUCGAUUGGUGUGCUUUUGGGCGAUGGUACAGGUGCAUUUGGAAUACAGACGCAAUAUUCAGUUGGUUCAAUUCCGCAUUAUGUGACAGCUAAUGAUUUUAAUGGUGACGGUUAUCUGGAUUUGGCAGCUGCGAACACAGGCGGUUCAGGCUCUAUAACCGUCUUGCUAAACAAAGGCGACGGAACAUUUACGUCUGGAGUUGACUAUCCGAUCUUGGCAGCGCCUCAACAGGUAAUCUCAGGCGACUUUAACGCCGAUGGUUAUGUAGAUCUGGCCGUUAUAAGUACUGCACCUAUAAGUAUUCCCCCUACUACUCAAGUUGUUGGUAUACUUGCCGGAAAUGGUGAUGGGACAUUUCAGGGACAAGUAACGUCUGUAAUCGGCAUUACGCCAGGAUCAAUUUCACUAACAAAAGCUGACUUCAACAAAGACGGUAAAGUAGAUGUAGCUACGACAGCUGCCGAUCCGUUGGCACCUGGUGUAGACGUCAUGCUGGGCCAAUGCUGA